UAUAGUGAUUAGAAAAUCAGAGUUUGUGGCAAAGACUCAAUUCCUUUCCAAAAAUAAAAAAAUAGUUUUUGCAAAGUUGGAACCUUCUGAGAUUGUUGUGGUGUCUUAAAGUUUCAAAACCCAUUAAAAGUACUUAAAAAGUGAACCAUCUUAUUGACCCUACAAUACAAUUUUUUGUCUCAACCAGUUCAAAAUUUAACACUUUUUUUGACUUUAAACUUGCGAGUUUACUUUAUCUUGUUAAAUGGUCAUUUAUUUAUGUAUUAUAUUUUGUAAUUCAGAUGUUAUGUUUAAUUGAGAUUAUCAAGAUAAAUUUUUUUUUUCAUCUGAAAGGGUUAGUAAUCAGUAUUUAGUAUUUUUGGAGAUAAAGAAAUGCAUUAGGCAUAUUGGAAUUUUGAGUUAUAUAUUUUUAAUAAUUAAAAAUAAUGUCCCAUUAAGGAAUAAAAUCUUCAAAUAAUUUCUACAAAAGGGGAAGUAAAAGCAAAAUUGGCCCAGGUUUUAUAUUUUACUGGACUUGUAAAUAAUUUUAACGGAGUAAUAGUACAUUGCUCUGUCGGCCAUUUUAAAUCAUUUCAAAUUUUGGCGGUUCUUUGUUUUGAAUUGGCGCAUUUUCAAAAAGAAGAAAAAUUUUAACUAUUUUCCAAAAUUUCUUCCCCCAUUAUGAUGCUCCACUAACCUUCCCUGGGGUCAUGUAAUACCAACGGACAAACAAACAAACAGACAAGAAAAUCUUAUUUUUUAUUUUAGUUUAUUUUGUUAAAUAUUUGAAGUUUUUAGAUUUUCAUAAAUUUGCUUUAAAUGAUAAGCACUUAAAGUUGACCACAAAAUAUUAUCGAAUUUAUAUAUUUUAAGUUUUCAGAACGAUAGUUAUAUUUAAAGUUUGACAUUAUAUAUUUAAACAUUACAGACUAGGCUUAAUCCUCUAUUUAUGAUCCUCCAUAUUAACUUUUAACUGUGGCUCUAUCUGUGAGCAUCUUCAAUUAAUACAGUAUAAAACAAUAACAACAAAAAAAGUUCGCGGAUUUUCAAAUAUUUUUUCGCGGAUUUUGAAAUUUCACUAAAACAUAAAGCUUUUGUAAUUUUGAGCAUCUAUAAACAUUUCCCUGGGGUCAUGCAGGGUCCCACACAAAAUUUGGUCCCGAUCGGUUCAGCCGUUUUGACGUUUAGUGUAUACAAACAAACAAACAAAGGCUGUCCAGCAGUUGUGUCAUAGUUAGUUGUCAUUGGGAAAUAAUCUUUUCUUAAAAUAUAAAUUAACAUGUGACACAUGUCAUUAUAUCCAUUUUUAAAGGGCUUUUCAAAUAUAUAAGUUUUAGCCCUGUAGCUCAAAUAAGUUAUUAACCAUUUCUAUUUUUUUUGAAACGCCAACCCGCCGUUUGACCUUCCUCCACCCUGCCCUAUGAAUCAAAAAAAAAAUUUUAGCAAAAUUUGUUUGUAACUAUUUUAUUAUGAAAACACGGGGGGUGGAAACCCCCUCCCCCCCCCAAACGGGAUAGGGUUGAAGGAAUCAACAAAAUUGCUUUCGUGAGAAAGCAAACCAAAUUAGGAAAGUAUUCAAUUAUGGCCUUAUAUAUUCGCACAUUUCGGUAUAUUCAUUUCUAUUGUCUAAAGAAAAUUUUGGUAUUUUUUGAAAGAAAGGAUGGAAGGAAGUGAAGAACUAGAUGCGGAUCAAAAGUUAAAACUUCAGGCGAUUUGUGAUCUAUUGGUUGCCGCAGGAUACUUUAGAGCCAGAAUAUCAGGGCUUACAGCCUUUGACAAGGUUGUUGGUGGAAUGACCUGGUGUAUCCAAAACUGUUCUGUAGAUAUAGAUGUUGAUCUUUUCUAUCAAGAAAAUGCGUCGAUUGGUCGAAAAAUUGGUUUGACUGAAAGAAUUGUAUCUGUGCUACCUGAAAUGAAAUGCCCAAGCAAUCUAGAACCUCAUCAGAACUAUGCUAUACGACAGUAUAAGGUUCUCCAUAAUAUUGAGGAACCUAAAAACAGUGUGAUCCAACAACUCUUUGAGAGUUCCAGAAAAAUUGAUUCUCCAAAGCGAAUGUUGCAGCAGAUUAACGAUAAUAAGGAUAAAACUGAUUCUGCGAGACUACAGCUGACCCUGCUGGAGUUUUCUGAAGUCCUGGGGCCCGGACUUGGAACAGAACACAUUAAGGAGAAGGUGUAA